UCUUCUCCGUCGCCAACCUACAUCCCUCCACGAUGGCAAGCAACCCCAUGUCGUACCCACGGUGCUGGGCACUUGUCGCAAUCGUCAUGGCCGCGUCAUGGACGUGCUCAUCUCCGGCCAGCUCUGUGGACGCGAUGGUGCCUCCGAUGACCAUGGCAGCGGCGAGCGGAGGCAACGUACCCGUCCCAGCUGCUUCAGGUGUGCCGUUGGGUUCACUGGCUGCCGCACCCGCUGCAACACCGGCGACGCCAGCUAAGGGCGCCACGGCGUCCAAGAAGAUCCCGCUCCCGGUGCCCGAGACACUACCUGGCGCAGAAGGCCUCGGCUUCGGCGGUGGGUACGGCGGGCAGACGGUGCCGGGCGGCGGCCUCGGCGGUUUCAAUGGAGACGAGGGCGGCUUUGGUGGCUUCGGCGGAUGCUGCGGAGGCUUCGGGUACAACGGCGGUCUAGGGUACAACAACGGGCCGUUUUUCUUCAACUCGGCGCCUGCAUCGGGAAAUGGCUUGGCGCCUCUGCUGGUGGCUUGUGCUGCAGCCCUGUUUUACGUCUGAUUUCUAUUGCAUUUUAGUUUCCUUCUAUUUUUUUUUUGCUGCAGAGAGCAGGCACAUAUAUAUACUAUCACAGGUUAAUAUUUAAA